AUGGCGUCCGCGGGAACCUAUGCGCUCCGCAACUGUGGUCCAGUGGUGCGGACGAAUAGCAUGCGAGCUAGACUACUCAAUCAGGGACGGACUCUUGGUAUUGGAUACUGGAAUGUACGAACUUUCAUGGACCCCGGUGUCCAAAGUCUGACCGCGCACAGCCUUGAUCAGUACAACGUGUAUGUUUGCUAUCUGUCCGAAGUCCGACUUCCUGACUCAGGCUCCCGCGAAAUAAAAGUCCCUGGAGUCGAAUCACACCUUACCCUGCACCAAAGCGGCCCGCGCGACUCUUCUGGUAGACGUGGUGUGGCUAUCGCCCUCUCGCAGCAAGCGGACCUCGUGUUACUUGCUUGGGAACCAGUUACUGACCGGAUGGCCUACGUGAGACUGAAGGAUCACUUCCCGAACAUCUCCAUCGUCUCUGUUUACGCACCAACUUCAUCUGCCGAACAGCGCGAUAAAGAGGCGUUUUACUCGCAGCUGCAAGCGUUUGUUGAACGACUCCCUCGACGCGAUCUGCUGAUUGUCACCGGGGAUUGGAAUGUUCCGACUGGACCUGGCCACUCCACAAACCGUCAUCUUCUUGGCCGUUUUGGGAUUGGUUCCCGAUGUGAAAAUGGCGAGAGACUGUGGGACUUUGCUGAUCAGCCCGUGCUUCCAGCAUCGCAAAAAGCAUCUGCUGACCUGGUAUUCAAACGACGGUCAUACGGCCUGUUAGACUGA